CCCCCCCCCCAAAACCCUCGCCACCGCCGAUGCAAUGCCUGUGAGCCCCCACGCCGCCGCUAUCGCCAUCACCACCGCCACCGCCCGCGUGAGAGGCUCAUCGUGGAUCGAAGCUCUUGUUGUCUCUGGGAAGCGGGGGAGGGAGGCUUGCCAAUAUUCCUCUCCCCCUUCUCCAGAUCCCGCAAUCGCAUGACCUUGCCCUAGCCCUAGCGAUCGGGCUCGGGGUGCUUUUUCUCUCGAUGGCGCCCAGUCGGAGGAAAGGAUCAUCAAGAGCCGCCGCUGCAGCCGCCGCCGCCCAGCAGCAGUGGAAGGUCGGCGAUCUCGUCCUCGCCAAGAUGAAGGGCUUCCCGGCAUGGCCGGCGAUGAUUACUGAACCGGAGAAAUGGGGCCUCUCGUCUGUUCGCAAGAAGGUGCUUGUCUACUUCUAUGGAACUAAACAGAUAGCAUUCUGCAACUAUGCUGAUAUUGAAGCUUUCACGGAGGAGAAAAAGAAAUCUCUUUUAAUUAAGCGCCAGGGUAAAGGGGCUGAUUUCGUCCGUGCAAUUGAUGAAAUAAUUGAUGUUUAUGAAGCUUUGAAGAAGCAGACAUCUGAUCAGUUUAUUUCGGGGGAUGAUGGAGAUUUGGGAAUUAAUAGAAGUAAUUCUUUUAGAAAGAGCCCAGAGCAUAGUUCUCAUAUUGCAGAUGACCAGAGGUCAGGUGCCCUAUGUGCGAAAGAAAGCCAUGAUGUUAUCAAUUCUGAAGAAACUUCUGCAACCUCAGCAGAAGGGGAUCCUCACAACAUAAAUGCAGCAACUGAUGAACCAGCUGAAAAGGUCUUGAUCAUUGAUCAACUAAGGCAGGCCCCUUUGGCUACUAGUACAACUUCAAGGAAGAAGAGAUUAAGAGAUGCUCCAGCAGAGAGCUUUAUUGCUCAGAAAAAAAUAACAUCCCUUCGAAGGUCUAGAAAUUCUUCUGGUGGUGAUCCUCCGAAAAUAAAAAAAUCAGAUAUCCUACAUAAUGAUACUGACUCAGUCAGUGAUAAUGUGACUACUGAUGGAGUGCAGGAAGAUUCCAUGAUAAAUAGGAGUGCUGAAAACAUGCCUCAUGCCUCAGAUUUUCAUGAUGUUGCUGUACCAGUUACUGCUGGUUUCCUUGGAAAUGGUAGCAGUGGGAAUACUGCAUGUGAAACAGCUGCAACAAAAUAUGAAGCAAAUCUGAAUGAAAGGGUUGUACUUGAUCCUAGUUGUAAAUUUGAAGUCUCUGCAAAUGGGUGCUUGGAGAGUGAAGUUAGGCAGAAUGGCCAACUUGACCUCCCCAUGAAGACAGUGAUCUUCAAGAAGAAAAGGAAACCAAACCGGAAGCGGGCAUCUAAUAGUUCAGAGUGUGCUGGAUUGGACAAGGAUAUAGAAUUGCAGGUGGAGCCAAGUCGAAGCCUUUCAGAGUCUCCAAAUUCUCGUGGUGAAAUAAAUGAAACAGACCAUAAAGCAGAUGGAGAUGAGCAUCUUCCUUUGGUGAAAAGAGCAAGAGUUCGAAUGGGUGAACCACCUGUCGAGGAGAAACAGUUUGAUGAGCUUCAUGACACUAAUGACAACUCAGGAGUGACAGUGAUGAUGAAUAAUUGUGACAAAUAUUCUACAUCCACCAGUCCUAGAAAUAAUUGUCUGACCAAUGGGACAUCUCUAGGGCUCAAGGAAGCCUCAAAUUCAUCCCCCAUAAACGAUUGCUCUCAUCCUUCAGGAAGCGAUCGAAUGAUAUGGAAGGCUAAAAAGUAUCAACUUAAGAGUUUUACAUUAGAUGUCGAAGCAGCUUUGCCUCCAUCAAAACGCCUACAUCGUGCUUUGGAAGCUAUGUCUGCCAAUGCUGCUGAAGCUACAGAUGAUUGUCCUAGAGCUCCAAGGCCAAAGGAAAUGAUGCUUAACAACUGCAUGGUAUCUCUCACAACAAGUUCUCUCCAUCUUUCUACUGAUGGGAAGAUUGAGAGCCCUACAAGAUUUAAUGACAUACCAUCUACUGAAUGUAAUGUAUUUCACACAAGCAGAUCUGGAUUGUCAGCACAAAAUUUGGAUGUACCAACAUUAGCUUCUUCAGAAGUGAAGACUGAUGAUGUCAAUAGUGAACAUUUGAGAAGUCCUCAUGAUAAACACGGCAAUGAAGUCCUUGUGGAUGUUAAAAACUAUGAUGGGUCGUCUGUGUCUAAAGCAGUUGAUGUUGAUAUACAUGACAAGAGUAUGCGACCUUGUUUUUUCAGGUUAACUGAGCAGGUUAAUUUGACUGACUCUGAAGGUAUGCCUGAUCGCUCAUCAUCACCUUCAGGAAAGGUAAAUGAGAAUGAAAUUCUGCAACCAGAAGAGGAAUGCCCACAUUCUCCUGUGGAUAAUAUUUUAAGUAGAGAUCAAACAGUGAAACCAUCCAUACGGAAGCCAGACUCUGUUUUGAGUAGUAAAGGUUGCAAUGAUUCUUUCUCUCCUGAUGGAGCUUUUGUGACUCUAUCAGCUACAAAUGGCAGUUCUACAACAAGUGGGACAUUUGGGCCUACAAAGUCUUCUAGCAUUCAACUUGAUGAAGAUGCACAAACCCGUGACAUGGAGGAUGUUGCAAGGGAAGUCAAAUCCAAAGUAACUCCAAGGGAUAGGUGUUCUUCUCCUGAUUUGACUCCCAUGAAAGAUUUGAUUGCUGCUGCCCAGGCUAAACGACUUUUGUCUCGAUCUACUUCAUUUUCUGAUAACUAUGUAGAUUAUAAGGUUGAGGCUGUACUGAGUCCAUCUUUAGCCAGCAAGGAAGAUUCUUUUGGACGAGGUUCACCUUCUAAUCCCAUGAUCAAUUAUACAUGUGCUAUAGAUGAUAGACUUCAAAAUCCAAGGAAUAAUAGCAGAAGUCCUUUUGGUGGUCUGAGACAGAAAAGCUUAAGCAAAUUAACUGACCAUGCAGAAGCAUAUGCUGCAAGGAAAUCUUUUGAAGCUUUACUGUGUACAUUAACAAGAACAAAAGAGAGUAUAGGACGAGCAACACGCCUAGCUAUUGAUUGUGCUAAAUAUGGGAUUGCUGGGGAGGUGGUUGAUGUUCUUCUUCAGAACCUGGAGAGAGAGCCUAGCUUGUACAGAAGGGUAGAUCUAUUCUUCCUUGUAGAUUCAAUUACUCAAUGCUCUCGAAGUCAAAAAGGUGGAGCUGGAGAUAUGUACCCCUCUCUUGUCCAAUCAGUGCUUCCACGUUUGUUAUCUGCUGCAGCACCUCCUGGAAAUGCAGCAUGGGAAAACCGCAGGCAAUGCCUCAAGGUUUUGAGAUUAUGGCUUGAGAGGAAAACCCUUCCGGAAUCCAUUAUACGCCAGCACAUACGAGAACUUGAUUCUGUAAAUGAAGCAUCAUUUACAAGUACUUUUUCUCGACGUCCAUCAAGAACAGAGAGGGCUCUUAAUGAUCCUAUAAGGGAGAUGGAGGGAAUGCUUGUUGAUGAGUAUGGAAGCAAUACCAGUUUUCAACUUCCAUGUUUACUUCAUACUACUGUGCUUGAAGAUGAGGAAGCAAGUGCAUCCGAUGAAAAAAGUUUUGAGGCUGUUACUCCAGAAAGGCAUGCUGCGGUUGAUCAUGAAAAGGGAAUCACUCAGAUUUCAACUGAAAAGCACCGGCAUAUCUUGGAAGAUGUUGAUGGUGAGCUUGAAAUGGAGGAUGUGGCUCCUCCUUGUGAAGUUGAAGUGAGCUCCUCCUGUCAUGUUUCAGUUGCCGAUACCAUAUGCAAUAACCAUAAUCAACCUGAUCAGCAUCAUUCAUUGCCCUUUGCUCCUCCACUACCUGAGGACAGGCCACCAUCUCCGCCCCCUUUGCCAUCAUCUCCUCCACCUUUGUCUCCCCCUUGCUCUGCUGCGCUCUCUGAUGGUUCGCAGCAACAAUCAGGAUCUCAUGCUGUUUCUGAUACUGCUGACCUGCAUCUUUCUAGCAUUACCCAUAAUAUGCAAAAUCAACAAUCACAGUCUGUUGGUCAGCAACCAAGUGGCCUGAAUACGAACUUGAUGUCCUCAGAGUUGGUUGUGUAUUAUACUCCUGGAUAUGGAGGUCCUCCAAAACAGAUGCCACCACCUGUCUCAUCUCUUAGUUCCAGUUCUUAUGGCAUCGUUCCAGUUUCUCAUCCGCCUGUUCAUUCUGGGAAUGACUUUCAGCCUAUAGUCAGUGCACCUAUGACCAGUAAGGCCUACCACUUACAGCCGCCCUCUCCCACAGUUUCAAAUCAGUUCUCCUAUGUAAAGGCUGAAACACAACAAAGAGUUCCACAUUGGGGGAAUUGUUCUGCAUUCACGGAGAGAUUCCAGUGUGUAGAUAUCCAUGGGGGAAACUUCUAUGGUCGUAGAGGUGCAAGGGGACUGGUCCAACAAGAGAUUGUUGAGAGGGGCAGGUUUUCUCCAGCGUUUCAUUCAGGUCCCUCAGUUUCCGGCAAGGUGGAGGCAUCUCCUGCUUCUCUGUCCCACUAUGGUCCACCAUCAGAACCCCCAUCAAUUCCAUGCCCUGGGUGGCCUCCUCGUCCCAGGAUGUCCAGUUACAUUGUACCUGCUUCGAGACCAUCAACAGAGAGCCCAGUUUCUCGAGUUGCUGGAGGUGCAAGAACAACUGGCUUCUGGAGACCAAGAUAAACAUCUUGUCAACAGUUACAGGUGAAAUACGUUGAUCUGGGUCCAAUGGCAGCUUGUUCAGAUGGUCCAGGAAAUCUCUCUUUUUCGUAAUGAGAGGAACCUCUAUGACAAGCCUCUCCAUGCGAAUUGGAGGGUCUGCGAGGAGAGAAUCCUGUUUGACCAUAAGAAUUGCACCCUGCUUCACUGUACAUAUGUAUUUUGAUAUUAGUCUGCAAAAGCAGAGCGGGAAGACAGUCAUUGUGGCAAGAGCUGUAAUAUAGCUUUAGGCUGUCAUGUAUCAAUCAUCUAUUUAUAGGUAGAACAGUGUUAGUCCAAUAGUGCUAUUUCUUUCGGAAAAGAUCAACAUUUAAUUCAACAGUGUUAGUUAGGCCGCUUUAUUUUCAUCUAAAAUUUGUUAUUUUUACAUUGCCCUUCUUAACUGCAAGGGCUCUGAUAUAAAAAAAUCUAAUUUAAUAUAAA